AAUAUAAAGUGAAAAAUGACUGGUCGUGGUAAAGGUGGCAAAGGCUUGGGUAAAGGCGGCGCCAAACGUCAUCGCAAAGUGUUGCGUGAUAAUAUCCAGGGCAUCACGAAACCAGCUAUCCGCCGUUUAGCUCGUCGUGGUGGCGUAAAACGUAUUUCUGGUCUUAUUUAUGAGGAAACUCGUGGUGUUCUAAAAGUUUUCUUGGAAAAUGUUAUCCGUGAUGCGGUCACAUACACCGAGCACGCCAAGAGGAAGACAGUCACAGCCAUGGAUGUUGUUUACGCGCUGAAAAGACAAGGCCGUACCCUGUACGGUUUUGGCGGUUAA